ACUUGUCUGCACAUUCACUCAUAAUCUCUCUCACACAAACAAGCUGGCCUCAUUUAUCUCUUUCUGUGGGCAUUUCUCUUUAACCUGUCAACAUUAUUAUAUAUAAUCAUUAUCUCUAGCUGCUUAAUUUCUUAAUUAAUCUUCUGUAAGCUUUCAAAUCUAAAGCUUCUUCCAGCAAUCAUCAUGAACAUGACUUCCUCUCCACAUCUCCAUCUUUGGUUUCUUGCCUUUUGUUUGAUCUCUUCUUUGGCUAGGGGAGCUACUCUGCCAGAAGAUGAAGUGCAAGUUAUGAAAGAUAUAGGUAGGACACUUGGGAAGAAGAAUUGGGAUUUCAGUGUGGAUCCAUGCAGUGGGCAAAGUAAUUGGACUUCAUUUGUUCAAGUGAAGGGAUUUGAAAAUGCUGUCACCUGCAUUUGCCUUGCAAAUGCCAGUAUCUGCCAUGUUGUUAGCAUUGUUCUUAAGUCACAAAAUCUUUCGGGCACACUCCCAACUGAGCUGGUGAGAUUGCCUUACCUCCAAGAAAUUGACCUCUCCCGCAACUACCUUAAUGGUACCAUCCCUUCGCAAUGGGGCUCCAUGAAUCUUGUCAACAUUUCCAUUCUUGGAAAUCGGCUAACAGGUUCAAUCCCAAAAGAAUUAGGAAACAUCACCACACUGAAAAGUUUGGUGCUAGAGUUCAAUCAAUUAUCUGGAGUACUUCCUCCUGAGCUGGGGAAUCUCCCCCGACUUGAAAGACUGCUUCUUACAUCCAACUAUUUUACCGGAAAUUUACCUGCAACAUUUUCCAGGCUCACUAGACUAAAGCAACUUCGACUUGGCGACAAUCAAUUCUCUGGAACUUUACCCAAUUUCAUGCAAAGUUGGACAAGUUUAGAGAGACUGGUGAUGCAAGGGAGUGGUUUUAGUGGACCAAUUCCUUCUGGAAUUUCAUUCCUAAACAACCUCACUGACUUGAGAAUUAGUGACUUGAAAGGACCGGAUUCUCUAUUUCCCCAGCUUAAAAACUUGACAAGUUUGCAAACACUAGUAUUGAGGAGUUGCAAUCUUGUAGGAAUGGCUCCUGAAUAUCUUGGAAAUGUGACUACUUUACGAUCAUUAGAUCUCAGUUUUAACAAAUUAACUGGAUCAAUUCCGAGAACCUUGGGUGGCCUGAACGAUAUAAAUUUACUAUACUUAACUGGAAACCUAUUUACUGGACCACUGCCCAAUUGGAUAGAUAGGCCAGACUACACGGAUCUUUCAUAUAACAAUUUAACGAUCGAAAACCCUGAGCAAUUGACAUGUCAACAAGGAAGCGUGAACUUGUUUGCAUCAUCUUUGAAGGGAAAGAACUUGGGAAUGAUUCCAUGUUUAGGAAACAGUAACUGUCCUAAAACUUGGUACUCUCUUCAUAUAAACUGUGGUGGAAAGUUAAUUUCUAAUGGAAACAUGAAAUAUGAUGAUGAUUCACAAGAAGCUGGACCAGCAAGAUUUCGCCGAACCGGAUCAAAUUGGGUAUUUAGCAACACUGGUCAUUUCUUUGAUAGCAGUCGUUUAGACUACUAUACCUGGUCUAAUACAACUAAGCUUGCUAUGGACAAUGGUGAACUAUAUAUGGAUGCACGUGUUUCUGCCCUUUCUCUCACGUAUUAUGCAUUUUGCAUGGGAAAUGGAAGCUACACAGUAAGUCUUCAUUUUGCAGAAAUUAUGUUCACUGAUGAUCAAACGUAUAGCAGCCUCGGAAGACGUGUAUUUGACAUCUAUAUUCAGAGAAAGUUGGUGGUGAAGGAUUUUAAUAUUGCAAAAGAAGCCGGAGGAGUUGGUAAGGCAAUCAUAAAAAAGUUCAAUGUUACUGUUAAUAUCAGUACCUUAGAGAUUCGCUUGCAAUGGGCCGGUAAAGGAACAACCGGUAUCCCAUUUGGAUCAGUUCAUGGUCCUCUUAUAUCAGCUAUAUCUGUUGACCCUGACUUUACACCUCGAGAAGAAAAUAGAGAUGGCACGCCUGUGCAGUUUAUUGUUGCAAUUGUAGUUACUGGAGCACUUGUUAUCAUCAUAAUAUUUGGUAUAGCUUGGUGGAAAGGAUGUCUAGGACGGAAAGGUUCAUUAGAAAGAGAAUUAAGAGGUGUAGAUUUGCAAACUGGCUUAUUUAGCUUACGACAAAUGAAAGCUGCUACUAACAACUUUGAUAUUGCCUUCAAGAUUGGAGAAGGAGGAUUUGGUCCUGUGUACAAGGGUGUUCUCUCAGAUGGUAAAGUAAUAGCAGUUAAACAACUUUCUUCAAAAUCAAAGCAAGGGAAUCGUGAGUUUAUAAACGAGGUUGGCAUGAUUUCUGCUUUGCAACACCCUUGUUUAGUUAAGCUCUAUGGUUGUUGUAUGGAGGGAGACCAAUUGAUGUUGAUAUAUGAAUACAUGGAAAACAACAGUCUUGCUCGUGCUUUAUUUGCACAAGAAAAAUGUCAAUUGAAGUUGGAUUGGUCAACAAGGCAGAGAAUUUGUGUUGGUAUUGCUAAAGGUUUGGCUUACCUCCAUGGAGAGUCAAGACUGAAGAUAGUUCACAGGGACAUCAAGGCCACUAAUGUGCUACUUGAUAAAAAUCUCAAUCCAAAGAUAUCUGAUUUUGGUUUGGCCAAGCUGGAUGAAGAGGGCUAUACACACAUAACUACCAGAAUAGCGGGCACCUACGGAUACAUGGCUCCUGAAUACGCAAUGCAUGGUUAUUUAACUGACAAAGCAGAUGUUUAUAGUUUUGGCAUUGUUGCUUUGGAAAUUAUUAGUGGAAAAAGUAACUCCAUGAAUUGGACAAAGGAAGGGUGCUUCUCCCUUGUUGAUUGGGUGCAUCUCUUGAAAGAACAAGGUAAUAUAAUAGACCUGGUAGAUGAGAGGUUGGGUAAAGAUUUCAAAAAAGGUGAAGUAAUGGUCAUGAUCAAUGUGGCUCUACUAUGCACACAAGUGUCUCCAACGAAUAGACCCUCCAUGGCUUCAGUGGUAUGCAUGCUUGAAGGCAAAACUGAAGUUCAAGAAGUAGUGUCGGUCGCAAGCCAUCUAUUAGAUGGAGAGAAGUUGGAGAUGAUCCAACAGUAUUACCAUAUGAGAGAAAAAAAUAAGACCAAUGAGACUCAAGAAGAGAGCAUUUCAAUGGGUGAAACUUCAGCAUUUAUGUCUGACACAGAUCUGUAUUCAAUCAAUAUGGACUCUUCUUACCAGGAAAAAAGUGAUUAGACAAUCUAUCAUCACUUUAUAUAUAUAUAUAUAUAUAUAUAUAUAUAUAUACAUAUAUAUAUAUAUAACUUACUUUUAACUUUCCUUCAUAUUUGUUCCCUGUGAUGGAUGGCCAUGAUCUGUGUCUCAUUUUCCUAUAUACUACUACAAUGAGAAAUGGAAACACUUGUCAUGGAAGUAAUUUAUUUUGUUGCAUAUGUAUUGUGGUAUUUUAUGUUGUUGAAAUGGACAACUCUAUUUGCUCAA